GCCACUCGCUUUGAGACGCAUGUACAAUCGCUCAAUCCUUUGCUUACUCAACUCCAAUCUAAGCCAGCCAUGAACUCAAAAUGCAGACCUUCUGGGUAAUCACAGUACCCCAUAAACUGGAAAAUCCUUGUAAGUUCCAAAAUGGAGAACGUAGUUAUCCCCUGCAACUUAAAACCUCCUAUACCUAUAAUUCCCACCAAAGCAGGCUAUGGCUGUCCCUCUGAAUUUUCUCCAAAACCCACCAAACUCCCAGUUCCUCUAUUUGCUGAAACGCGUCCCAAAUUCCCAGACUCUCAUUUGGAUGACCUCUGUAAAAACGGACGGCUCAGCGAGGCCAUCGUUGCUCUGGACUCCAUUGCCGAACGUGGGUCCAAGGUAAAACCCAGAACCUAUAUCAACUUACUACAGUCUUGCAUUGAUGCGAAUUCUAUUGGGUUGGGUCGGGAGCUUCAUGCUCGGAUGGGUAUGGUUGAGUGCGCUGACCCUUUUAUUGAAACUAAAUUAGUCAGUAUGUAUGCGAAAUGUGGGUACUUGGAUGAUGCACGCAGAGUUUUUGAUGAAAUGCGUGAAAGAAACUUGUUCACGUGGUCAGCUAUGAUUGGAGCGUGCUCUAGAGCUAAGAGGUGGAAGGAAGUUUUAGAGCUUUUCUUCUUGAUGAUGAAAGAUGGUAUUGUUCCCGAUCAAUUCCUUUUGCCUAAGAUAUUGGAGGCUUGUGGGAAUUGCAAGAAUUUCAAGACGACCAAGGUGAUACAUUCGAUGGUGAUUCGAUGUGGUUUCAGUGGCUCUAUUCGAGUCAACAAUUCAAUUUUAGCUGUGUAUGCAAAAUGCGGGAAACUGGAUUGGGCUAAGAAGUUUUUCGAGAAGAUGGACGAGAGGGACGUUGUCACUUGGAAUGCAAUUAUAUCUGGGCUUUGCCAUACUGGUCAGGUUAAAGAAGCAACUAGAAUUUUUGAUGGAAUGAGAGAGGGAGGGACCGAACCGGGUUUGGUAACUUGGAACAUAUUGAUUGCUAGUUGUAAUCAUUUAGGGAAAACUGAUGUUGCAAUGGGAUUGAUGAAAGACAUGGAAAGUUUUGGGAUUGCUCCAGAUGUAUUUACUUGGACUUCUAUGAUCUCAGGGUUUGCUCAUAAUAACCGGAGAGGUCAAGCAUUAGACUUGUUCAAAGAGAUGCUUUCUGCAGGAGUCAACCCAAAUGCAAUUACGAUAGCAAGUGCAGCUUCAGCUUGUGCAUCUCUAAGAUCACUCAACAAAGGGCUCGAAAUCCAUGCUUUUGCAAUUAAGAUUGGUCUUAUAGAUAAUGUUCUAGUUGGAAAUUCACUUAUCGACAUGUAUUCCAAGUGUGGACAAUUGGAAGCUGCUCAAGAAGUCUUUGAUAUGAUUAAAGACAAAGAUGUUUACUCAUGGAACUCAAUGAUUGGUGGGUAUUGUCAAGCUGGUUACUGUGGAAAGGCUUGUGAACUCUUCAUGAAAAUGCAGGAAUCAGACGUGCUGCCUAAUGUUAUCUCAUGGAAUAUCAUGAUCUCAGGAUAUAUACAGAAUGGUGAUGAAGACCAAGCCAUGGAUCUCUUUCAAAGGAUGGAGAAAGAUGGCAAAAUCAAGCGAAACACCGCGACAUGGAACUCUCUCAUUGCUGGUUACCUGCACCGUGGGGAUCAAGGCAGGGCACUUGGGAUAUUUAGACAAAUGCAGUCCUAUGGUGUUAGUCCUAAUUUGGUUACUAUGUUAAGUGUUCUGCCUGCAUGUGCAAGUAUACUUGCUGCAAAAAAGGUGAGAGAGAUACAUGGCUGUGUACUACGCAGAAGCUUAGAGUCUGAAAUUCCAGUGGCAAAUUCAUUGGUGGACACUUAUGCCAAGACUGGAAAUAUGAUAUAUUCAAGGACUAUAUUUGAUAGAAUGUCAUCUAAAGAUAUUAUCACUUGGAAUUCAAUCAUUGCUGGUUAUGUUUUGCAUGGGUUGUCAAUAGUUGCACUUGAUCUAUUUGAUGACAUGAAGAAAUCGGGAUUAAAACCAAAUAGAGGUACUUUUAGCACGUUUGAAGAAAUGGGGAAGAAACCCGUCAAAGUUGGGCCUUGGGGAGGUGACGACGGCAUCGAUUGGGACGAUGGUGUCUACUCAACGGUGAGGCAGGUGGUCGUAGCUCAUGGAACCACCAUUGACUCCAUUCAGAUUGAAUACGACAAUAACGGGAGCUCGGUUUGGUCAGAGAAGCAUGGUGGUCGUGGAGGCCCUAAAGUUGACAAUAUCAAACUUGACUGCCCUCAUGAAUAUUUGACCUCCAUCAACGGUUACUAUGCUAAGCUCAACGAAUGGGGUCCGCCCUUAGUUCGUUCACUGACGUUGAAAAGCAACAAGAAAACGUACGGCCCAUUCGGGGUUGAAAAAGGGACAAGUUUUUCUUUCCCAAUGAGUGAUGGAAAAAUUGUUGGUUUUCAUGGCAAAGCGGGUUGGUUUCUUGACUCAAUUGGGGUUCAUUUGAAGCCUCUUCCUAAACAAAACGACGUCGUCCACACCAGAACUCAGGUUCAUGCUGCUCAGAACUAUAUCGUUAAUGCGACCUCCGAGAACAUGAGUGGCUUUUCUGUCAUACAAGGUAGUGUAGGGCAAAGCUAUGAUAUAGUUGUUGCCGUGAGACAGAGAGAUGAUAAUAAUAAUAACAACAACAACAAUAAUAAUAAUAAUAACUUCGGUUCUAAACCUUUGCCAAACAACCAACUUACUAGGCAAUUGUCUUCUGACUCUGAUUCUUCUCGAGAAUUUAGUGACGUUGGACGCAAAGAACACAAAAAAGAGAAGAAGAAGAUCACACCUGUUAAGGAGAAUAAGUCUUCCUCAAAGAUUGAAGGUGUGGUAAGCUGUGGUCCUUGGGGUGGCACGGGCGGGUCUUCCUUUGACGAAGGAGCAUGUACAGGCAUCAAACAGAUCAACAUAUCUCGAAACGUUGGUAUUGUAUACAUAAAAGUCCUCUAUGAUCGAAAUGGUGAAUCUGUUUGGGGCACUAAACAUGGUGGAACUGGAGGUUUUAAAUCUGACAAGGUAAUCUUCGACUAUCCAAACGAAAUAUUGACCCACAUAACGGGUACAUAUGGGCCGGCAAUGAUAAUGGGCCCUCAGGUGAUCAAGUCCUUGACUUUCCACACCACAAAAGGGAAGUACGGCCCGUAUGGAGAAGAACAAGGAGGAGGGUGUUUUACCACCAAAGGAAAGGAAGGCAGAGUCGUUGGGUUCCAUGGGAGAAGAGGGUUGUUCUUAGAUGCUAUUGGGGUUCACAUUUUAGAAGGGAAAGUAAUGCCAGCAGUAGUAGAUACCUCAAAUUCCAAAGCAAUAGUCCCAUUUAAUACAAGUCAUGAUGACCCUCUUCAUAAAUCGGGUCUUUCUGAGAUAGACCAUCCUCAAUGGCCUAACAAACUAGUUCUUGCAAAGCGUGGAACAACUCCUGAAGAGAUUGCAUGUGGAGUGAUGAAAGAACCAGCCCCAUGCGGAGCAGGACCAUGGGGUGGGGAUGGAGGGAGAGCAUGGGACGAUGGAGUCUUUUCUGGGAUUAAGCAGAUAUACUUGACAAGGUCACCCGAAGCCAUUUGCUCAAUACAAAUUGAGUACGACCGAAAUGGUCAACCUGUUUGGUCUGUUAAACAUGGUGGCAAUGGAGGAAACACACCACAUCGGAUUAAGUUGGAGUAUCCAAAUGAGGUGUUGAUAUGCAUAUCGGGAUAUUAUGGUAGCUUUACAAGAGAUGAUGAAAAAGCCAAAGUAAUAAGGUCAUUAACGUUUUACACAAGUCGAGGGAAGUACGGUCCUUACGGGGAAGAGAUAGGGACAUAUUUCACAUCAACUACAACAGAAGGAAAAGUAGUGGGUUUCCAUGGCAGAAGCAGCAUCUACUUGGAUGCCAUUGGAGUUCAUAUGCAACACUGGCUUGGAAAUCAGAGAACCUCCAAGUCUUCUCUCUUCAAAAUCUUCUAAUAAUACUAAUUAUAAUUAUUAUUAUUUGUAAGCUCAAGGUCUAAGGUUGGAUUUAUUAUUAUAAACAAAGAAAUAAGAAGGCCUUAUAUAUUAAGCACUACGUACUUUUAUUUCUGGGUUAAAGCUUGUGGCUCAAUAAAUAUAUAUUUGGAGAGUA